AUGGCCAAACAACCAAUAGGCUGCGCUCCAUUCACUUCUCCGUUUGCAUCAGAUAGCGGAACUCAUGUGUCAACAGAACUAACGCUGUUCGAUAAAGCUUGGCCUUGGCCAGCUGAGACCAGAGAUGCAACCACACCUGUCCCUAGAGACUUCUCCGAGGCUGAUAUAAACAGAAGAGAGGUAGCUUCCAAGAUUAUGGAGAUGAAAAGCUACGGCUCCGGAGAAGUGGAAGAAGAAAGGAGAAAGGGUGUUUCUACACAACUGGGGCUCCCUCCUUAUAAUCUACGGAACAUCAGGAAGAAGCUUACAAGGAGUGAUGUGGAUGGUCAUCAGUGCAGACUUUUGCUUCCAAAGGAUUUGAUCGAUGUGUAUGUUAAGCCUUCCAUGAGCGGUGAUAGCUUUGACAAAAUUCAAAGUGGGGAGCGUCUGACAGUUGCGGUGUGGGAUUAUGAUACUGAAUCUAUCCAUAAUGAGAUGGCUUUGAAGAAAUGGACUUCAUCCGGCAGCAGCUACGCUCUCAUUGGCAACUGGCGUAAAGAUUUUGUGAAAAGAAGGAAUUUAAAGGAAGGAGACGAGAUUGCUAUGUAUUGGGAUACUUCAAGGUUCAACUUCUGCGUUAUUAACAAGAACUGA